UCCGUCUCCUAUUCUUUGUAGACCCCGUAGCGCGUUGUUGUCAAUACAAUAUGGCGAGUUGUGUUGUGUUGAUGUGGGAGAGAACGUUGGUAAUUUGAGUUAUUGUAAACCAUCCAGAAAUGUUGUAUUACAAUGUGUAUUGUGUUUCGACAACCAGGUGUGAACUGUGGACUUGUGUUGGGGCCAUGAUACUGUAAAGUUUUAUAUCUGAGUACAUAAUCAUUUUUGAUGCAGAACUAUUACCUCUCAACAGUGUUAGUUUCGUGUUGCAGAAUAGUAGACACUGGAUGAAUACAUUAUCUGAGAAUAGAAAUUACAUUUGGGGUGAUUGUUAAGCUAUGUCUCCAUUUGGAAUCUCUGGUCUUACAGUUUGUUGGAGAUACUGCUCCUUGUUGUCUUGUGCCUGAAAGAAACAAACGUGUGACGGCGGCAACAAAAUUAAAAAGUGUAACAUUCCUUUGAUUUUUGAGAGAAUUUAUAGUGUUAUUUUAAAAUAUUGUCGACUACGCCUCAUAUAUUUGAAGUGAAUUUGUGUUGGACUCGUUUAUUCAUUAAUUUGUUAGAAGCACGAUUGGGAAGUCCACGGGAGGGCUAUUAAGCUUUUCGUAAAGAAGUAGUAGCAAUCGACGUUGUUCAACAAAUCAACAAUAACUAAGGAUCAACGAGAGCAGUGAAUAAAACAGUAAAUUUGCUAAUUGGUGACUUUGGUAUCACAGUAUUUACUGUGGCUAAUUAUAUUAUAUUUUCAUAAUUACUUCCUGAAAUAUAGUUACAUCAGUGUUUCAAAGAAAAUACUGCCUUCAGAAGCAAUAAUGCUUUUUUGUUACUGGAAGAGAAAUUAAUGUUAUAUCUACACAAGGAACAUUCUGGUAAACAUUGAAACGUAUGCCUACUUAAAAAGGAAGAAAUUAGUGAGAACUGCAAGAAUUUUUGAAAAGAACUUUGUUACGCGGCUAUGAAAGAAAAUUCUAGUUCAUAUAAAAGUCAUCGUUUCAUAUGUGCAAUUGAAUUUUGUGGAAAUGCUUUAUCACCUUUCUAUUUGCAAGAACUUAUGACUUAAAGUUGCAUGGAGGUACUGAAUUUGAAUUAUAAGUUUCAUGAUGAUGUUGUGUGGAGCAGUUAAGUAGAUGUCCACAUAAGUGAAACGAAAGGCUGGUGAAAUGACGGACACAAGAAGACGUGUUAAACUUUAUGCAUUGAAUGCAGAGAGACAGUGGGAUGACAGAGGCACAGGCCAUGUUUCUUCUUCUUAUGUAGAAAGACUCAAAGGAAUUUCAUUGCUAGUCAGAGCUGAAUCUGAUGGUUCUCUGCUUUUAGAGUCCAAGAUUCAGCCUGACACUGCAUAUCAAAAACAGCAGGAAACACUAAUUGUAUGGUCUGAAGGGGACAACUUCGACCUUGCUCUUAGUUUUCAAGAAAAAGCCGGUUGUGAUGAAAUAUGGGAGAAGAUUUGUCAGGUUCUGGGCAAAGACCCUUCAGUUGACAUCACCCAGGACAUAGUAGAAGAAUCUGAAGAUGAGCGGUUUGAUGAUAUGUCAGAUUCUGCCCCUCCUGUGGAGCUUCCGCCUUGUGAAUUAAGUAGACUUGAAGAAAUAAGUGAGGUGAUGGCAAAUAAUCUGAGUUCACCAGUCAGAAAAGAGAAAUUAGCAUUGGCAAUUGAGAAUGAAGGUUACAUAAGAAAAUUGCUAAAUUUAUUUCAUAUGUGUGAGGAUUUAGAAAAUACUGAAGGGCUUCAUUACUUAUACGAAAUCUUUAAAAAUAUUUUUAUGCUUAAUAAAAAUGCAUUAUUUGAAGUCAUGUUUGGAGAGGAAACAAUAUUUGAUGUGGUGGGUUGUUUGGAAUAUGACCCUACAUCUCCAGCUCCAAAACGACAUAGACAGUACUUGAAGCAACUGGCAAGGUAUAAAGAAGUCAUUCCCAUUACAAAUCCAGAGCUUCUAGCAAAAAUUCACCAGACAUAUCGCGUCCAAUAUAUUCAGGAUGUUGUCCUACCUACUCCAUCAGUUUUUGAAGACAACAUGCUUUCUACAUUGUCCAGUUUCAUAUUUUUCAACAAAGUUGAAAUUGUUACUCUUAUCCAGGAGGAUGAAAAGUUUCUUACCGAACUGUUCACAUUAUUAACAGAUGAAGCCACUGAUGAUCUUAAACGUCGGGAUUUAGUUCUGUUUUUAAAGGAGUUUUGCAGUUUUUCCCAAAAUUUGCAACCGCCUGCAAAGGAGGCAUUCUAUAAGACCCUCUCAACUUUAGGAAUUUUGCCUUCAUUGGAGAUAACUUUAGGAGCAGAUGACCCACAAACUAAAACAGCAUCAAUUGACAUUCUCACUUACAUUGUGGAAUUUUCUCCGUCCGUGGUGCGAGACUAUACUCUGCAGCAAACAAACAGUACAGAUGAGGUGUUCUGUGUGACCUUACAGGAUCAAAUGUUAAUCAAUGUUGUCAUUGAGCAAAUGAUCUGUGAUACUGACCCAGAGCUUGGUGGAGCAGUUCAGCUAAUGGGCAUUUUGAGGAUAUUGUUAGAUCCAGAGAACAUGUUAGCAUCAGUCAAUAAAUCAGAGAAAACUGAUUUUCUGAACUACUUUUACAAAUAUAGUGUACAUGUUCUGAUAGCUCCCCUUCUCGCAAAUACUGUUGAAGAUCGUCCUGCUAAAGAAGAUUACCAAACAGUGCAGCUCUUGGGGCUUAUAUUGGAAUUAUUGUCCUUCUGUGUUGAGCAUCAUACCUAUCAUAUAAAGAACUGCAUUCUGAACAAAGAUUUAUUGAGGCGAAUUCUGGUUCUUAUGAAAUCUACACAUACAUUUUUGGUAUUGUGUGCCCUUAGGUUUAUGCGCAAAAUAAUUGCCUUAAAAGAUGAAUUCUAUAACAGGUACAUCAUUAAGGGAAAUCUUUUUGCACCUGUAGUAGAUGCAUUUGUCAGAAAUAACGGCCGUUAUAAUCUUCUGGAUUCUGCUAUUUUAGAAAUGUUCGAAUUCAUCAAAUUGGAAGAUAUUCGAUCACUUUGUUCUCAUGUUGUAGAGAACUUUGGCAAAGUGUUAGAUGACAUUGAUUAUGUGCAAACAUUCAAAGCAUUGAAGCUGCGUUAUGACCAACAUCAGGACAAGUUGAAGGACCGAGAAAGAACAGCUUUAGAUAGGCAAUUAGAGGAAGAAGAGGAAAUGUGGUUUAAUGAAGACGAUGACUUUGAUGAUGGGGAAGCUGUUGUUCCUGCAACAAAUGAAAUUUUGGGGAAAAAACUUGACUCUGAUUUAGAUUCAAUAGGAAAAAUUAUAGAGAAGAAAACUGAUGGUAAUGGUCCAAAAUUAAUGAACAGUAGCAGUAAGCAAACUAGCAUUUUGAACAACUUGAGCAAUAAUUCAACUGGUGCGUCAUCUCCAACCCCUACUUCUGCUGAUGUAAAAUCAACAACAUUAUUCAAAAAGGCACUUGUAGAUUAUGAAGGGGACUCGGACGAGGAGGAAGAUGAUGAAGGUGAUAUUCUGACUCCAUCACACAAGCGUGCUAGAUUAUCAUAGUGAAUGCACGUAAAGAAUUCUGUUGGUACUCCUUCCUACCUCAGCCUGUGGAGAACAGCCAACCAACUGUAAUGGUGCACUCCGCAGAGGGACGUGAGAAGUGUGAAACAUGAAUGAAUCAUGUCCUCAUCAGUAUGUUUAUAUUAUUUUCUCACAUCAUGUGUGUUCCAUGCUUGUACAUGUUGUAUGUCGUAUUAAUUUUAAUUCUUUCCGAGGAAGAACAGUUCAGCUCUGAGUUUACAUAGUACAGAGGCUUAUACCGUCUCACUAUGUGACAUCUGUGCACGUUUCAAAAGACUCGGUUAAUAGCAACCAAUUUUAGCAAAUUAGCAUCACAGAACUGCUAUAUAAUGGAUGGAUGACUUUUUAUAUUUUUGGUUUCGCUCUGCGGGGAGCGUGGAUUGGUGAUUUCGAUUUCUUGGUUGUGUAUGGUACAGUGUGUUUACAGUUGAAAUAAUUGAGUGCAGUUGUCAUUGACAAUUUGCAUGCAUGUACACAUACAUACGUAUGUACAUACAUAUAUUAUAAUACUACAUACACAUAAAUACAUGCAAAUAUAUAUAUUAUACAGAUCUCUAUAUGAACAUGCAGAUGUGGUUAGUCAUGUGCAGUAUGGAUGCAGGUUGUAGCAUCUAGGGCAAAUGUUGUCUGUGCUGGGCGAUACAGUUGAGAUGAAGUUGUUGUGAAACUGUUGAGGAAGUGAAUGUUCCUUGUUAGUGUGAAUUGGUGCAAGUGCACAUCAGUUCACUGGCAUUUCCUCAAGCACUGGUCAACCAAGAGAGAGCAAGAGGGGAAAAUUAAUGGAGAAGUCAAGGGGCUGUGUACAUCAUCCAAAGGAGUUACAUUAGCACUGCCUUACAUAUCACUUCAACAUUUGUAAUGCCAGAAAUGAGCAACUUUUAAAUAUAAUGUGUAUUGUAAUCAGCUCUAUUAAUUUGUGGUCUAAAAAGCCUCAGAGACUUUGGAUAUUGUAUGUCAGUGUACUCAUGCCCGAUACGGUGGGGUAAGUGCGUCUCUUGGGCGUGUGCAACUAUAGGCAUCCUAGAAUUCCACUGUUUUAUAAGAACUGUCUUUUGUGGAUAUUCCAAGUGCUAUGGAUCAUUUAUUUCAGUGUUAAUAUAUGGUUGGCCUAAGGUCAUGUUUGCUGUUUUGUUUGUUUUAUGUUAUUAUUUCCUUAUUAGUUGUAUUUUAUUGAUUUCACAAAACAUUUGGUACUUAUAUUUUGACAAGUUCCCAGGGCUCUGUGGUGGUGCUUUCAAUGUCAGUCAUUUUAAGUUAUCAUCUUUUAACAUUUUAUAGUGGACAUUGGAAACAUUUUUAUUUGUUGUCAAAUUUAUAAUUCUCUUCCAUGAUUAGUAGGCAUAGCAUUUCCAUAUAAAAGCAGAAUAUGUAUAAUUUAGAAGAGGUGCAAUAACUGCAAUUGAGGACUUCGUACCUGGCUCCUUCAUAUGGAAGAAAAAUCAAUAUACACACAUUAUUACUGCACAGUAGUUCUUGUGAUAACCAAAUUCUUUGUAAACUAGAUGUACAGAACUGUUUGGAUUUUGAAAAAUUUGUUUGGUUAGUGAUUUAAUAUCAGUUUGUUAAAAUUCUUGUUAUUUUUUUUAAUCUCCUGGAUUUUUUGACAAAAUAUUUGUAGCUCAAAAGAUUAGAAAUUUGUUCUUAAAGUUAAUAUUGUUCCUAAAAAGCAGUGGUUCUUAACACGGUUGAUUUACGUAAAUUUGCCGGCAAACUGAAGUACCCAACUCAAUUUCAACAGACAAAUUUGUAAUAUAUGAUUUUCAAAUCGUUAACAUUUGGAAAUACACCAUCAGUUUUUGUACAAUAAUCCUUUAGCGAGUGCAUGAAUGUCUGAACCAGAACAUCGUGCAGUUGGAUGAAAUAAAUAUUGAAAAUUGAAAAAGAUUUUUUUACUCCAAUAUUUGUAUUAGAAUUAAGGGUAGAGUCUCUCUCUCUCUCUCUAUUUAAACAGUAAUUUCUCGUUCAACAGUUUGCUGAAAAAUCUCUAUACUCUGCCAGUUGAGAGAUUCUUAUAGAAAACUUGGGUUGAGAAUCACUGCUUUAAGGUAACCUUGUUUGAACUGUUGAAUUGAUUUAAGUUCUGCCAUUGGAUUUGUAAAUUGUGGUUCUGGCUCAUGGAUGUAAGUCGCACUUACCCUUCCAUAUGAUUUUCUAUUAAAAUAUUGGAAGUUGCAGAAGGAUACUCACAAGUUUUGAGGUAAAAGAUAUGGUUUGCAACUUUGGUACUUCUUUGCCAAUAAUGGACCCUACUUUUUUGCAAUGUGAAUCAAUAUUUGAUGCAAUCUAUUACCUCCUCUAGUCCUGCUACAUAAACAUCUAAAAUCAGUUCUAUGAAUGGAUAUAGCUAUCUGAGUACUUAGAAUGGGUGCUUAUUCAUUACUUAAAUCAUUGAGAAUUACCAUGUACAUUGUGUGUAAUGUAAAUUAGAAUUUACAUAUUCAGAAAAUUCAAUAAGAGUGUCAGAUGAAGCAAUAUCCAAAUUGUUCCUGGUCUUCCAAUUCUUUAUAUUAUCAAGACCGGAGAACAUGAUAAGGCCAGUAGGAACUUACUUUCUAUUUAUAUCCUGCACUGCAAUCAGUGCUAUUAAUGAUCUUCUCUUUAUAUAAGAUCUUUAAGUCUCUGUAGAUUUAUAGAAAGUAAUAUAAAAAUUGGCAUGGAACAUGAAUAGGUGAGACGGUACCAGAAAUGCACCCUUCUACCUCAAAAACUCAUUGAGAAGUAAAGAGGAAUAGAAUACCACUGUAUCAAUGCUUAUUGUUGACUACAUUGCAGUCCAGUGCAUUGUAUAUUUUAUUAAACAACAGACAAUUUGGCCUCGUGUUGCCAUGAAAUGGCUUUUCAUAAGUCAGGGGUGUGCAUCAUUUUCUGAGCUUGGACCAUACUGGGAACUUAAUCAGUGGAGGCUAGUUUUGUAACGGAUCUUAUUAGCAGACCUUUCUCUUCCAUAUUCUGAAAAAAGUGAAAAGAAUAGAAACUUCCAAAGUUGCAAGGCAGUUGUAAUUUACUGUCUUCCACAACCCUUAGACUAUAAUGCUGAAAAUUGAACAUAACUCAAUACACUUGUGUAUUCAAAUUCAAGCUGUGAUAUUUUAAAUUAACAUUUUUGUUUCUUUACUGUUGCAAUGACAAAAUACAAACAUCUCGUAUUUUAUUAUUGGUUAUUAAUAUUUCUAGAAGAAUGUUUUUGAUGAAAUUACACGCUUUUCAAGUCGCAGUGCUGCUACCUGAAAUAAGACCUUAUUAUCUUGUUAUGUAGUAAUUGUUUCAUUCAACGGACUAUUGUAAUAUUCAGGCACCUAAAUGAUACUAUUUUAUUUUUGUUUGUCUUUUUUAAUAUUCCAUUUUGUAUGUUUUCGGAAACCUUUGUCUCUCUUAAUUUGACAGUUUCACUUACAGAAAAAUGGUGUCGUAAUAUUCUAUUACUUUGAUGUUCAAUGCAGGUCUUUGGCAUCAGGAUACAGAGUAAUUGAUUUUAGCAAUAUAUCGUUAAUGGAAUGGACUCUGAUAGUUUUAUCAGCAGGCAAAUAAUUUUGUUUUUUUAAUUUAAUAAUUCGAGUCACCACGCUUGGACUCGUGAAUUUCUUAUAUUUCUUGUAAAAUUAAUGACAAAAAAAUGCCUAAAAUUGUGUUAGUUUUGUCUGGGUAAACAUUGCUGUGCACUCUACUUAAAGUUUUGUGCUACCUCCCCUGUGGAAUAAUUGCAGUUCCUGUUAUAAUUUAUUACGCAAGGUCUGCACAAAAACUGUAGCUAUUGCUCACACCUUUCAUGUGGUUGCGUAGUCCCUGGAGGAGAUAGUAUAAUAAAUAACUGUAAACAAUUUAUAUUAAUAAUUUAUCGUUUGUUUACUUUAAAGAAUAUGAGUAUGACUGGCAAUUUGUUUUGUUUUGUGUUAUGUAACUUCUGUUAAACCCCUUAUGUUUUUAACAUGGGGUUUUCUGCCAGUUGUUGGAAUUUUAUGCCUCUGACAUGUGCGUACUCUCCAUAUAAAUAUUUAUUCGGGGAAAUUCAGUACAAUAUUUCAGUUUUCAGC